AUAAUAACAAUAAUUUACCCUCAACUCCCUAAAGUCCCUCAGGCCGAUUCUGGCAAAACUUCUCUCAUUUUCUCCCUCUCUGAGCAGGCUGUGCCAGGCCCUGUCCCCACGUAUGAAGAUGUCCCAGAGGUGCCUGUGUAUGCCACGCUGAGCAGGCCCAGGGCCGCGCAGCAGGAGGACAGCAUCCACUAUGCCGACAUCCAGGUGUUCUCCAGGGCAGGGCAGCGCUCGGCGGCCGAGCUGAGGAGCCUGCAGCUGCAGAACGCCACCGAGUACGCCACCCUCAACUUCCCCAGGGCCAGGCUCAAGUACGACAGCAAAAACGGGACCUUGGUCUAAAAGACUCCGUGGCCUCGUCCUCGUCUUUCGGCAGGAAAAGGAGGUCGCAGCUGUCGGUGCAAGGAAACCUCGUGGGCACGGCUGGGAGUUGGGAGAGGUGUGUGUCCCACCUCAGACAUUCUCACUGAGGAGAUUCCCGUCUGAUUGUGCUG